AUGAAACAAAACUUCACCAUUUGUUUACUUCUUUUCUUCUUCUUUUUUCCAUUUCUUUUUCUUUGUUCUUUGCUUACUUAUAGUGUGGCUGUUAUAGACUUGAAGUUUGAUAUAAUUGAUUACAGUAUUUGGUCUGGUGCUAUGCAGGCAGGAAUGAUUAGAAAUGUGAGUUUAUGGCAAUGGGAACAAUACGAACCAUUACACAUGAAUAUUUUUCGUGAAGAUUAUUUCUUUAUUGUGGCAUCCUUUACAAACAUCAACAGGAUGAAUAACAACUUCAGGUCUGUAGUAAACAAGAUGUGCUACAUGUGUAUGCAUGGUGAACAUGUGGAUGGGAAAGACUUAACACCUAACAUAUUACAGUAUGAACAGUUGAUCUGUGUAUCUUUUCUUAAUGAGCCGAACACGAAUCAACUUAAUCUUCUCUAG